GUUUCGAUGAUAUAAGUUCGCUAUUAUUCCGUUUUCGCUUUCAGAAGCUCGUACUUGAAACCGCAUGAAUGAGCCAUAGAUCUAGUUGGACUAUUAUUCUAACACAUCGAGAUAAGGCCUUGAUUACGUGGAAUUGGACAGUGUCGUGGAAGUGGGCUGAUACACAGAAGUCCCCUGUAGACUCAGACUUUGAACUGGAUGAGCAUGGCCUCAGACAAUAACCGCCAGAAGUUAGUUCCUUGGUUGGAGUUUAAGAUCAACAGCGGAGAAAUUGCUGGACUUGAAUGGAUUGAUAAGAAAAGUAUGAUAUUUAGGAUACCAUGGAAACACGGUGGCAAACAUGACUGGUCUAAGGAAAAUGGAGCGAUAUUUAAGGCAUGGGCUGUCCAAACAGGCAAGUUCAGAGAAGGAAUUGAUACGGAAGAUUUCCCCACGUGGAAGACUAGACUAAGAUGUGCAUUCACCAAAUCAAAGGAAAUCCAGGAAAUCAAGCAAAAGAACAACUUGGAUGAUAGUAUGGAUCCAUACAAAGUGUACCAGUUUGUGGGCAAAGUCAACGGAGGUGGAGGAAAGAGGUGUCACUCACCAGAAAUCAAACCUGGAUCUAACCAUGGCCUUCUUGGUCCAGAUCCACAGCUCAUGGAUUUCAAUCAUCAGGGUGCUCAUUACAUACCAAACAUACCACAAACUGUAGAUUGCUUGAUGAAAUCGUCAAGUCUUUCCUCCGGUAGUUCAGCCGGUGGUAUGAGUGGGCUGGGAUCUGGGAUUAGUCUAGGCUCUGGAGUUCUUAAUGGAAUAAAUGUAGGAUCUGGAGAACUUGGGCCAGACCUUCAGAAUAUACCCUCGGGCGAUCUGGUGAAACCUGUUGUUAAGCGCGCAACAGCUAGCCCUACAUUCGUCGGUCAACAAGGGUCCCCAGCAAGUGUAAUGGCUGAUGACUCAAACUUCAUGGAUGUGGAUCAGCCUUAUCCAGGCCAAGCAGAGGCAUUUCCCGUCCCCGCCUCAACCUCCACUACAGCCCAUGAGUACACAAACCCCCAGCCUAUAGUAUCCCCACAGGUACAGCCUCAGAAUAUGGAGCAGCCUAAAGACAACGAGUUCCAAGUGAGAUUGAAUUUCCGUACUAACACGCUAGCUGAGUACCGUAUCACGAAUGAGAAAGGUUGCAGACUUUUCCACGGGGAUAGUUCUUUACAACCAGCAGUGACGGAGGAUGGAAAUUGUCUCCCUCAGCAGUUAUUUGGACCACCAGGGGCAGAGCAAUUGUCAUUUCCUCCAGGGGAAGGCAUUAUCAGAGAUCGGAAACAACUAGAUUACACGAAUAAACUGUUAGCCUGUAUGGACAGGGGUCUCAUCUUAGAAUGUGACAAUUCAGGGGAUAUCUAUGCCACACGCCUUUGCAGAUGUGUUGUGUUCUUCUCCACAAUGUUUCACAACAAUGGGGAAGCAACUAAGCUGGUCCGCAAUGAACGUACCAUGAUCUUUGAGAAGACUUUGUUCAACCAACAACUGGGGAAAUUCCUGACUGAUCAAAGUGGCGGAACAGUACCAGAUACAGAAAUACGUCUUGCAUUUGGCCAGAAAUUAGCUGUUGGAGAGAAAAUGGAUAUGACCAUGAUCAUCGCAACAGUGCAGCAUUCAUAUUCACUGUAUUUGAAACAGCUCUACUUUAAUCGUGGACAAGACCCUUCAAACACUCUCGAUUGUCGUUCAUUUUACGUCUCAGAAAAUGACCACGUUGAUAAUUUUGUUGAGCUGAUUAAAGAAUCCCUAAUGGUUUAAGUCAUGAUGCUGCAGUUGCAAACUGGGCCAGGAUCCAUGGAGGCGUUUAUUUCAAAUUCAGAUGACAUGGACCAUUAUGCAGACACGAUCAAACUGUUUAAGGGAAUGAACCUGGGCAUAGAUUUUUCACAAUUUCUAAACAACCAAGUUAGCACAGAUUGUGGAGAGCCACCUAAAAAUUAAAUCAACUUUCUGGAUAAAAAAUUUAUUAUAAGAGCUAGAGAAUGAGAGAUGUCCUUUGUCAAUAAUAGAAGUAUUGACUUUGAGGAAUUUAAGGAAAUAGACAUGAGAAGGAAUGAUAUAACCCCAAAAUAUUUUGUAAAUGUUGCUAGAUCUGACAUGUCUGAUUCUGCCUUUAACAGUUUAAUAGAGGUGUGAUACUGAUAACAUGUAUAUACUGCAUACUGAGUGACCCAGAUAAUUAGAAAAGAAUGGAACUUUUCUUAAGCAAGUCUAUAUUAUGAAACACCCUAUACUUGUAACACUAAAAUAACAAAAAGAUUACCU